AUGGAAAACGCGCGAGAAGAAGCAGGAUUGAAUGCGAACGAAGGAGCAAAAGGUAUUCCAGACAGACACAGACCUUUAAACCUCCCGCAAUGGGGCGUCCCAGGUCUCGGUUUACGCCAAAGUUCCCCGGUGUGGAGCGAUUUGCUCGUCCUGAAAUGGCUGUUAGGUCUCUGCGUCGGCUUCCCGAUCGUUUGUUUCUGGAUAAAAAGCAACCUUAAAAAGAACAAAGAGAUACAGAAGAACGCGUAUUUAGCCGCGUUUCAGUUACUUUAUUUAAUGCCUACGUUUCAUAUCGUCGUGAAAGCGACGCAGAUUUGGUAUUUCAAUGGUUUAGCGCACAAGGAAACGACCGCGUUUGAAAGAGUGUUUGACAAAGUGGACGGGUUACCCGGAAUCGCGAAGAUUGCGUUCGCGUCUCAGAUUUGGAAAUUUUUCAUCUCCAUGGGCGAGUUUGACUUAGCCUGGCCGGAAUUUUUGGGGUCGCAGUUAUUAUCCACGGUUUUGAGUUAUUGGACGAUGAGUGUUCCGUACAUGCAGUAUUACGCGGUGUAUUAUUUCGGCGCGUGCGAGUUGACGAAUUUGCCGCUCGCGGCGAUUGAUUUGGGGAGGUAUUAUCCGUCGACGAUCGGGAGUGGGAUGAAGGGUGUGGUUGACAUCGGGUUGAAGGUUCUUUUUGCCAGUCUGUUUGUGUAUUUUCGAGUGUACGGUUGGUUCUUUAUGAGUAAGCAGGUGUACGAAGACACGAUGUUCAUUUUAGACGCGAAGAAUUUACCCGCCGGGUUCGAGUAUCCGUGCCCGAGGGAAGUGGUCUACGGCGUCGUGGUCAUGCUCGGCAUGUUUUCGUUGCUGAACGUGGCGUGGUUGUGGCAGAUUGCGAAAGAGGCGAAAACGACCUUGUUUGGUGGAAAGAAGAAGAAGGGCAAGUCCUCAUCAUCGAAUAGUAAAAGUAGCGCGGGUAGAGGUCAACCGCCGGCGAGAAAGGGGACCAGGUCGUCCGCGAGGAAAAAGACGAAUUAG